AUGAAGUUCUUCAUUGACGAUCUGCCUGUUCUCUUCCCUUAUCCUCGAAUCUAUCCUGAACAAUAUGCGUACAUGUGCGAUCUUAAAAGAACCCUCGAAGCCGGGGGUCACUGCGUCCUUGAAAUGCCUUCAGGGACUGGCAAGACCGUUUCCUUACUGUCCCUCAUCGUGGCGUACCAGCAGCACUAUCCCGAACACCGCAAGCUCAUCUACUGUUCACGUACCAUGUCGGAGAUCGAGAAGGCUUUGGCUGAGUUGAGAGCCCUUAUGAAAUAUCGCGCCAAAGAACUUGGGUUCGUUGAAGACUUUCGAGGUUUGGGCUUGACCAGCAGAAAGAAUCUGUGCCUACAUCCCUCGGUCAAGCGGGAAAAGAGUGGUGCUGUCGUCGAUGCCAGGUGUCGAAGUCUCACAGCCGGCUUUGUCAGAGAGAAAAAGGAGCGAGGAGAAGAUGUCGAGGUUUGCGUCUAUCACGAUAAUCUAGAUCUCCUCGAGCCGCACAAUCUAGUCCCUCCUGGCGUAUUCACUCUGGAUGAACUUAUAAGGUAUGGUGAAGAUCACAAGCAGUGCCCUUACUUCUCAGCCCGGCGCAUGAUGCCCUUUUGCAACGUUAUCAUCUACUCGUACCAUUAUCUCCUCGACCCCAAAAUUGCGGAACGUGUCUCAAAAGAGCUGUCCAAGGAUUGCAUAGUCGUCUUCGACGAAGCUCACAAUAUCGACAACGUCUGCAUCGAGUCGUUAUCCAUUGAUUUAACCGAAGACUCGCUGAGGAAGGCCACUCGUGGUGCAAGCAACCUGGAACGGAAGAUUGAGGAGAUGAAGGCAUCCGAUGAGGAAAAGCUUCAGAAUGAAUACCAGAAGCUCGUGGAAGGCUUGAGAGAAGCAGAUGAAGCUCGAGCAGAGGACGCCUUCAUGGCUAAUCCAACGCUGCCGGAUGAUUUAUUAAAAGAGGCUGUCCCUGGCAAUAUUCGUCGAGCCGAGCAUUUCGUGGCAUUUCUCAAACGCUUUAUCGAAUACUUGAAGACCCGAAUGAAAGUUUUAUACGUCAUUCAGGAAACCGCUCCAUCAUUCCUCGCACAUCUCAAAGAGUUGACAUUCAUCGAGCGCAAACCACUGCGGUUCUGUGCCGAACGACUAACAUCACUCGUCCGCACCUUGGAACUGACGAAUAUUGAAGACUAUCAGCCGUUGCAAGAAGUAGCGACCUUUGCCACACUUGUUGCAACUUACGAAACCGGAUUCCUCCUGAUUCUGGAGCCAUUCGAGACCGAGCAAGCGACAGUCCCCAACCCAAUCUUGCACUUCGCUUGUCUUGAUGCCUCAAUUGCGAUCAAGCCGGUCUUCGAAAGGUUUUCCUCUGUUAUCAUCACUUCUGGAACUAUAUCUCCGCUGGAGAUGUACCCAAGAAUGCUCAACUUUAGUACCGUGACACAGGAGUCAUAUCCAAUGUCACUUGCGAGACGAUCUUUCCUGCCAAUGAUCGUCACCCGUGGUUCGGAUCAGCAGUCCAUAACAUCUGGCUUCCAAUCUCGCUCGGAUCCAGGCGUGGUACGGAAUUACGGCGCCUUACUGUACGAAUUUGCGAAAAUUACACCAGACGGCAUCGUUGUCUUCUUUCCGUCCUAUCUUUACAUGGAGAUGAUCAUCAGUAUGUGGCAGGGUAUGGGUAUUCUGGACCAAAUUUGGACAUACAAGUUGAUUCUGGUGGAGACCCCGGACGCCCAAGAGACUAGUUUGGCACUGGAGACCUACCGCACUGCAUGUGAAAAUGGCAAAGGCGCGAUUUUGCUCUGCGUCGCUCGUGGCAAAGUGUCUGAAGGGAUCGACUUCGAUCAUCAUUAUGGACGUACUGUGCUGUGCAUGGGCGCGCCUUUCCAGUACACCGAAUCGAGGAUUCUGAAGGCACGGUUGGAGUUCCUGCGAGAGAACUACAGAAUCAGGGAACAAGACUUCUUGUCUUUCGACGCCAUGCGACACGCGGCCCAAUGUCUAGGGCGCGUCUUGCGAGGGAAAGAUGACUACGGCAUAAUGGUUCUGGCCGACCGUCGAUUUCAGAAGAAACGGACCCAACUACCCCGAUGGAUUGCGGAAGAGAUUACUGAUGCUCAGACUGGGCUGAGCACCGAUGCUGCUGUGGGCAUGGCAAAGAAGUUCUUGAGGAGUAUAGCUCAGCCUCUGGGGCCGGGGCAGAAACUACCUGACGGCUCGACCAAAGGUAAAGACAGCUGGGACCUGAAAGAGCUUGAAAACUUCCAGAAAGAGCAAAAAGCAAGGCGAGGAGAAGGGGAUAUGGGAAGAGAAGAUGCAACAAUGCACGACUACAUGCAUAGUGAGGUGAACAAGGCACCAGAGCCAAAUGGCACUAAUGGUCAUGUCGAUGGCAUGGACGAGUUUGAUGAGGUUAUUGCUGACGAGGAACUGCUUAUGGCCGAGGCGAUGGUCGUGGAAUGA